AGGUUUGAACUUUGAGCUUCUCCAACUUGCCGGCUUAAUUCCUUGCUCCCAAUCUUAAAUCACCGGCCAUUUGCACAAGCCUGGAUAGGAGCUCCGAGCUCCAUCUAUUACUGCCAUUCCUGGGAUGGGCGAUCUCUCUGCUCGCCACAGCCGCCGCUGCUGCGGCCGUUUCGUGGCCGUCCUUUGCCUCUGCGCGACCUUCUGCAAGCCAGAUGAUGUCCCGAUGGACCCUCUGCCACCGGACCUGCUGCCGGCGCGGUCGCUGCGGUGCUUCGAGGACGGCCAGGUUUACAGCUGCUGCGAGGGCGCGUACAGGCUGAACCCGUCGGGGAUCCUCGCCGUGCCCGUCGGGGCGGUGGACAACUACUGCGGCGGCGCGUGCGUGGUGGAGACGGAGGACGUGCUCAACUGCGUGGCCAGCGCGCUCGACGGCUUCGCCUUCUCCAACGGCGCCUCCGUCGAGGACGUCCGCUACGCGCUCAGGCGGGGCUGCAGCCACACCCUGAGAAGAGGUGACUUCAACGAUUUGGAGCCGCACCUGGGCGACUACCCGGACAUCUACGGCAACGACGACGAAGGCAGCGACGGCAGCAAGGUUACAUCUCCUUUGAAGUUGCUGGCGUUUCUCGGCGGUGCCUGGCUGUUCCUCCUUGAUCCUUGAAGACGCAAAAGCAUUUUCAAGAAAACAUGCAAAAAGCGUUGUUUGUUAGUAGUACCCAAAUUUAGUUUAGGCCAUCCUAUGAGAGAAGAGUACUAUUCAUUUCACAAGUUAACAUCUUGUAUAGUAAAGAAAUGAUCAACAUCUUCAAUUCUUGGCAAUUAUUUGUCACCC